CGGGUUGUGGGCGCUGGGGCUGCGGGGUGGUCGGCAUCAUGUCCGCCGAGGACGACGGACGGGCCGGACACAUCCUCAGGGGAUUCAAACUAAACUGGAUGAACCUCCGGGAUGCCGAGACGGGGAAGAUCCUCUGGCAAGGAACAGAAGACUUGUCUGUCCCCGGAGUGGAACAUGAAGCCCGUGUCCCCAAAAAAAUCCUCAAGUGCAAAGCAGUGUCUCGGGAGUUGAACUUCUCUUCCGCGGAGCAGAUGGAAAAAUUCCGCCUGGAACAAAAAGUUUACUUUAAAGGGCAAUGCCUAGAAGAGUGGUUCUUCGAAUUUGGCUUCGUGAUCCCCAAUUCCACAAACACCUGGCAGUCUUUGAUAGAGGCCGCACCAGAGUCCCAGAUGAUGCCAGCAAACAUCUUAACUGGGAAUGUCAUCAUAGAAACCAAGUUCUUUGACGACGACCUGCUCGUAAGCACGUCCCGAGUGAAACUUUUCUACGUUUGAGAGAAGAUAUGCGCGUGUGUGUGUGUCUCUGGGGUC